UUCAAAUUUUCACCAAAAUAUUUCAGUUGCGAGCGGACCUCUGCACGGAGUAGAACAAAAAAUAAGAAAAAAAAUCAAACAAAAAAUACGAUCCAACAGUCCGCGGAAGAAAUUUUUUUUUUACUUUAUUUUUUCAUUCCCCCGUUUAUUUUUUUUUAAUAAUUUUAAAACAACUUUUCGCCGAUGAAUUUAAUUUCGUUGAGAUAAAGUGAAAUUAAAAUUUUGAAUUUUUCAAAGAAUUCAAUAAAAGAAAAAAAAGAAAAUAAAAUAGAAAUUAAUUGAGAUAAAUUGAAUAUAAAAUGCAUUUUCCGCGUUUAAAAUCUCUACUGACUUUGGUCAUUUGUUCUUUAUUUGUGCUGAGUUUUCCCGAAAAUGUGAAUUGUGCUAACAAGAAAGGUUCAACGAAUAGUAAUCCAGCUCCCGCUGCACCCCUUGAACCCGAAGCCGUCAUUGAAGAAGUCAAUGCCAAGCAAUUGGAAAAACUUUUAGCUGACAAGGAUUAUGUAGCGGUAUUUUGGUAUGCUCGAAGCUGUGUUACCUGCGAUAAAGUGUUAGCCGAACUCGAAAAAAUCGACGAUGACACCGAUUCAUUUGGUGUUGAUUUUGUUAAAAUCAACGAUAAACGUCUAGCUAAACAAUACGGCAUUAAGAAUUUCCCAGCACUUACAUAUUUCAGGGAAAAGGAACCAAUUAUCUAUGAUGGUGAUCUUAUGGAUGAAGAAGGUGUUUUAGAUUUCUUAACAUCAUUGGAGGCCAUGGAUUUGCCCGAUCGUAUUGAGGAAGUUAAUGCUAAAAUCUUAUUGAAAAUCAUUGAAGAUACCGAUUUCGUGGCAGUAUUGUUCUGUCCUGAUCAUGCCACCUGCCCACCCAGAAUUAUGGAUAAACCACAAUGUCGUAAAUGUUCCAAGGCAUUACAAGAAUUGGAAAAUAUUGACGAUGAAGCCGAUCAAUUGGGCAUCGGUUUUGUAAAGAUCCAUGAUGAAGCAUUAGCGGAAGAAUACAAUCUGGGUAAUUUGCCAGCAUUGGUCUACUAUAGACAUCAGACACCGAUCAUAUACGAAGGUGAAUUGUCACGCGAAGAAGAUGUAUUAGAGUGGUUGGUGCAAAAUAAAUCCACCGGCGAUGAAGAUGAUGUCAUUGAGGACGUUACUCCUAAAACACUGGCCACCCUUAUCAGCAACAUCGACAAUUUGGUAGUUUUGUUUUAUGAUCAUGGAAAUGAUGAUUCUAUGACCGUUUUGGAAGAGCUAGAACAAAUUGAUGACGACUGCGAUAAACAUGGCAUACAAUUCGUAAAGAUUGAUGAUGCCAGGACCGCAGAAGAAUUCGGAAUCGAUUCGAUUCCGGCUAUAGUUUAUUUCGAAAAAGAGAUCCCCAACAUUUAUGAUGGUGAUCUCAUGGAUGAGGAACAAAUAUUGCAUUGGCUGGUCUCCCAGUUGGAACAUGAUGAAAUCGAAGAUGUCACCGAUGAAAUGCUCGACAAAAUGGUUAAAGAGGGUCGUGUUCUAGCCGUAUUAUUCUACGACAACAAUGAUGAAAAAUCCGAAAAGGUUUUGGAGGAAUUGGAAAACAUUGACGAUGAGUGCGAUCAAUUGGGCAUAACAUUCGUUAAAAUCGAUAAUCCCGAGGAGGCCUUAGAAUAUGGCAUCAAUAAAGUUCCUAAACUCAUAUACUUUGAAAAAGGCAUUCCAACCAUUUACGAAGGCAACCUAGAGGAUGAACAGAAACUCUUGAAAUGGCUAGAAGAACAAACCAGCUCCGAUCAAAUCGAAGAUAUCACCGAUGAAAUGUUAGAUUUGAUUAUUGAAAAAAUGGCCCAUGUAGCUGUGCUCUUUUACGACAAGGAUCAAAAGAAAUCUCAAAAGGUUUUGGCUGAAUUGGAAAACAUUGAUGAUGAAUGUGAUCAAAACGAUAUUGCUUUUGUUAAAAUCGAUGACGACAAUGAAGCCAAGGAAUGGGGUAUCGAUGAAAUACCCUCAAUUGUUUUAUUCGAACGCGGCAUUCCCCAUGUCUACGAAGGUGAUUUAAUGAAAGAAGACGAAUUAUUGGGCUGGUUGGUUCAUCAAAAGCGUUAUUCGGAAAUUCCUGAAGUUACCGAUGAAAUGAAGGAUAAAUUGGUUGAAAAUACUGAACAUUUGGCUGUUAUAUUUUACGACAAGGAUGAUAAACAAGACAUUCGCAUUUUGAAUGAAUUGGAAAAUAUCGAUGAUGAAUUGGAAAAGGAAGGUAUUGUUAUUGUACGCAUUGAUAACGCCGCCGAAGCUAAGGAAUAUGGUUUGGAUCAUUUGCCCGCUUUGAUCUAUUUCGAAAACAAAAUCCCCGCCUUGUACGAGGGUGAUUUGAUGAAUGAAGAUGAAGUUUUGGAAUGGUUGAUCUUGCAAAAGAAAACUGCCACCAUUGAAGAGGUCACCGAUGAAAUCCUUACCAAUUUGGUUAAUGAUCACGAAUACGUUGUAGUCUUCUUCAGCGGCCCCUGUGAACCAGGCGAGAAAUGCGACAAGACUUUGAAUGCUUUGGAGACCAUCGAUGAUGAAUUAGAUGAGACUGGUAUUAUUUUUGUGACCACCGAAGAUACCGGCAUUGCCAAAAAACUCAACAUUAAAUCGUAUCCCCAAUUGGUGUUCUUUAGAAAUCGCGAUCCUUUACAUUUCACCGGCGAUUUGGAAGACGAAGAUGAAGUUCUCUCUUGGAUUACCGAUGAAGACACUUUAGAAAUUCCCGGCAAAAUUGAAGAUGUUAAUGUUAAGAUGUUGGACAAGAUUUUGGCUGAAAAUGAACAUGUUGUAGUAUUCUUCUAUGAUGAAGAUGACAAGAAAUCGUUGAAGAUCUUAAAUGAACUGGAAAAUAUCGAUGAUGAAUGUGAAGAAAAGAACAUUGAUUUUGUCAAGACCUCAGAUGAUGAUGUCGAAAAGGAAUACGAUUUGCCCGGUUUGCCAGCUUUGGCUUUCUACAGAAAUAAAUUCAGAACUAUUUACACUGGCGAUCUUAUGAAGGAAGAAGAAAUCUUAGAAUGGGUUAUUGAAUUGUACGAAUCUACUGCUGAUGUCAUUGAAUCUGUCGAUCGUAAAACUUUGCAAGUUUUAAUCAAUGAUGUUGAACAUUUGGCUGUAUUCUUCUAUGAUGACAAAUGUGUGUCUUGCCCUGGUAUUUUGGAAGAAUUGGAAAAUAUCGAUGAUGACACCGAUAAACAUGGCAUUCAAUUUGUCAAAUCGAAUGAUGUUAAGUUGGCCCAUGAAAUUGGUAUUUUCGCCUUCCCUGCCUUGGUUUACUACGAGACAGGCGUUCCAAUCAUGUAUGACGGUAAUAUGGAAGAUGAAAAUGAGGUAUUCAAAUGGAUAUUGGAACAAAAAGCCGAUGAAAGUAUUGAGUUAAUCGAUCGUGAAACAUUAUUUGAAUAUAUCGGCUCCAAAGACUUUUUGGCGGUAGUAUUUUAUAAAGAAGAUGAUCCCGAUUCCCCAAGAGUUUUACGUCACAUUGAAUUGAUCGAUGAUGAGGCCUCGGAAUAUGGUAUACAAAUUGUAAAAUGUCAUGACAAAUUAAUGGCCAAGAAAUAUGGUUUCCGUAAUCCACCCGGUAUUACCUAUUUCCGCAAAGGAAAAUAUAUUAACUAUGAUGGUGACAUUGAUGAUGAGGAAGAAGUUUUAGAUUGGCUAACAAGUCCUGCCAAUAUGGAAAUGACCGAUCAUAUUGAACAAGUCAAUCGUAAAAUGUUUGAAAAAAUACGCAAAUCUUCGGAUUAUCUAGCGGUGAUAUUUUACAGUGAAGAUUGCAAGCAGUGUCCACGUGUCUUGGCUGAGGUAGAGCACAUUGACGAUGAGGCCGAUAAAGCGGGCAUUGACUUUGUUAAAAUCGAUGAUAAACAAAUGGCCAAGGAAAUGGGUGUGUUUGCUUUGCCCGCCAUUGUAUUCUUUAAGCCAACUUCAAAGGAACCAGUCAUUUACGCCGGAGAUCUUUAUGAAGAAGAACAAAUCCUCACUUGGUUACUCACGCAAAAGGAUCCAAGUGGAGAUGUUAUCGAAGAUCUUGAAGGCGAAAAACUUAUUAAUUUAAUUGAAGAAUCUGGUUCCAUUGCUGUCUAUUUCUGGAAUAAAACACAGUGUGACAUCUGCAAUUCGAAGGCGGCACGUAAAGCCAGACUGAAAAAAGAGAAGGAGCAACAGGCACAAGACCCAGGAGCAGGGGCAGCAGCAGCUGCUUUUGCUGCCGCUGGCACAGAGGGUGAGGGAGGUGAAGCCGGAGCUGAGGGCACAGCAGCCAAUGAGCCAUCAACACCCACUUCAUCUAAACAACAUGAAGAGGAUACGGAUGGCUGUGAAACUUGUACCAAAGUGUUGGAGGAACUGGAAAACAUUGAUGAUGACUGUGACAAACAUGGCAUUAAGUUUGUAAAAACUAAAGACUUUUCAGUAGCCGAUGGUUAUGGUGUGCAUGAUUAUCCAGCUCUGGUAUACUUUGAGAGCGGUAUACCAAAUGUUUUCGAAGGUGAAUUACAAGAAGAAGAGGAAGUCCUACAAUGGCUUAUCACCCAAAAGACAGAAGAUCGCAUUGAAUUGAUCACCAGACAAAUGUUGGAAACCAUGGUAGAGGAAACACAAUAUUUAGCUGUUUAUUUCUAUAAAAUCAAUUGCAAUAUUUGUGAUCAAAUUUUGGAGGGUCUGGAAUUGAUCGAUGAUGAAUGUGAUGUUUUUGGUAUACACAUGGUUAAAAUACAAGAUCCACAACUAGCAAAACGUUAUUCUAUUAAAACAUUCCCAGCUUUGGUUUACUUCAGAAAUGGCAAUCCCUUGUUAUUCGAGGGUGAUUUACAAAAUGAACAAUCGGUUUUGGAAUGGCUUAUCGAUGAUGACAAUCGUGAAUUGGCCGAUGAAAUUGAAGAGGUCAAUGAGCGUAUGUUGGAGAGAUUAAUGGCUGAAUCCACUUUAUUGGUGGUAUUCUUUUAUGAUGAAGAUUGUGCCGAAUGUGAGGAAAUUUUGGAAGAAUUAGAGGAAAUCGAUGGUGAAGCAGAUAUGUUUGGCAUUGAUUUUGUUAAAAUUGCUAGUGUUGAAGCUGCCAAAAAAUACGAUGUUGUAAAUAUACCUUCAUUGGUGUAUUUUAGAAAACAAGUUCCUGUGUUAUACGAUGGUGAUCUCCACCAACAUGAUAAGAUCAUAACAUGGCUGACAUCACAAGAUGUUUUCGAAAUUAAAAACGAAAUCGAAGAAGUCAAUCGUAAAAUGUUGGAUAAACUGCUAGAGGAAAAUGAAUUUAUAACUGUUUUUUUCUAUGAACACAAUCAACAAGAAUCGAUCGCUGCAUUGGAAAAAUUGGAAAAUAUUGAUAGUGAAACGGAUAACUUGGAUAUAACAUUUGUUAAAAUGGCCGAUUCUCGUUAUGCCAAGAAAUGGGGUGUUACCAAACUGCCAGCUAUGGUCUACUUCAGAAGAAGAUUCCCUAGCAUUUAUAGAGGUGAUCUCCUAUCUGAAGAUGAGGUUUUAGAAUGGUUGCGCAAAAAUCGUUUCCGCCAACCAGAAUUGAAUAUAUUCAUGUAUGCUUUGAUAGCUUUGUCUGUGGCCUUCGUCUUGUACACCGCCUUUUUAUUACAAUGUUUUAAACCAGCACCACCACCGCCACCACAACAUCCCAAACAAUCGUGAUAUGUUUUAGCUGUGGCUUAAAGGAUUUUUAAUUUAUUAAUUUGUAAACUAAUUUUUGAUUUUUGUUAACAAACUUCAAAAAGCUAAACUUUCUUUUUCUUCUUGCUAGAGAUCAAAAGCACAGUUGUAUCAUUGACGGUGUCUUUUGGAUUUUUAAAAUUAUCAUUCAAUUUUACGAACAUUUUAAUUAACAUUUGUUUUCUCUUUCUUUUAUAAAUUGAUUAUUUAUGAUAAAAAUUAGCACAUUAUCGGGACUCUUUUAAAUUUUACUCUUUUUAAAAACAAUUUCUCUUUCAUAUUGCGUUUUUCUUUCGUAUUUUUAUUUUCAAGCAACUAACGAACGACAUUUAAAACUUAAUUUAAUUUUAAUUAGCGAAUCAUUUUUACUUAAACUUCUUAAGUAUACUUGGUAAACAACAAAAAUUGUCUACGAAUUCUAAGAAUUUGUUUAAAAUAAUUUUGAUUUUGUUUUACAAAGUUUAUAAAGAGUUAGAGAAUAAGAGAGUCCUUUUUAGUUUGUUUGUGAUAAUUAGACGGUUUUGCGGUAAACCAACUAACAUAAUAAAACACAAACAUUCUGAAAUAGUAAAUGACUUGACUUCAUUUUAAUAUUUCCUUUUUGAUUAAUGUGUUCCAAAUAUUUAAAGACCCAUAUAUUUUAUUUUCAAUGUUUUCAAACUCAAACUAGGCGAAAAGUUACUAAAGAAAUUAUAACAAAACAACAACAAAGAAUAAAUAUAUAAAACAAUAGAAACUACCAAAUAUGUAUGUAUAAUUUUAAAUGUAAA